UACAUAGUUUUAUCUUUCUUACAAAUCAUACUAUCGGAUAAAUGAACAUCUUACGAUAGUAUACAGAUCAGUUUUUCGCUCACAAUCUUGCGGAGAUUCCUUUUAUAAUCUGCUAGAAUCGUAAUACGUUAGAAAAACGUCCAACAAUCGAUUUUGAAAACACUUCGUGUUUGGCCAGAAAGAUAAAAUUGAUUGGUUUUAGUUGUAGCCUUAGCUUGAACUUUCAAAGAAAUAUUCAAUUUUCGGAAGUGCGCGCGAAUCCCAGUUCUGCGAGCUUUUCACGAACACCUUUUUUUUCUAAGAUAGGAGAAGAAGAGUGCAAAUGAUAAACAUAUCUCACGAAUACGUCAUACGCUGAGAUAAGAAUAGUAAAUAUUUUGAAGUUGGAACCGCAUGGUCGUUUACGGAUCAAUUAAAAGUUUGGCGCAAUUUAAUUGUACUUCGGACUUAGAUACUGGAAUAAUCUAUCACGCUUAUUUCCUUAUAUAAUACAUAUCUAGCCGGGUUUAUCAAAAUGCUAUCUUUCUUCAAUUUGAGAGUCAUGAUGUGAACUUUUUGCACUCAGCUGAACCCAAAUUUGUUAUUAAUUUUUUGUGACGACCACAUUUGAAUAAAUUUUAUCGUAAGCGUAUAAAAACUGGACAAAAAAUCAAAUACUCAUUAGCUGACAGACAUAGCAAAGCACGCUUCAAAUUUCCCAACGGAAGUAAGCAUUAAUUUGCGUGUCAGCAAUAACAGCGUACGCCAAUAAUGGAUAUAUCCAUUGAUUAACUUAUGUCGCAUCGAAGAAAAUCUUCGGGGCUCAUCGAAAUUCUAAAGUCCAAGCAUACGUAAAUCGCUGAGAUCAUGACCUCCGCUAAUCAAUCUAAAACUGUAUCAGGGAAGAUAUAAUAUUAUUAAAAUAAUAGUUGUAUUCGAUGUGAUAGUGUUCCUGGUAUUGUAGUGAACUCCAUGUAGCUUGGAAGUCAAAGAACAUUUUACUCGAUGAUAAGGAAUUGUUAUCCAGAAUCCAAUUUGAUCGGCUGGAUUAAUUUUUUUUUUUUAUGACCUAUGACAUUGACUAAUAAUUAGUCCUAUCAUUACUCAAUGCUUGGGAUGAAUUUUGGAGGAAAAUUCGAAUUUAAAUUCUGCUUUGGACGGGGAAAUUAGUUAGCAUUAACAUCACGAGUUAGCACCACGUUCUAUUUGCCAGUUGCCGCUAAGGCAAGGUUUUGUUAAUUCAUAAUUUUCCGCAAGAUGGCGGUUAAAUAACAACAAAAAUAAAAACAAUUCCGCUGUCAGAUGCUGUGGUCAAUCAGAGUCAGGUUAUCUUGUGUAUUGUGUUCGAGUUAUGAGUUUGAAUAUUCCACAUAAUUAUCGCUAAAAAAUGUCAUUUGCAUUAGGAAAACGUUUAUUACCGCGUAUUUGUGGCAGAAAUAACACCAAAUUUAGUUUCAAAGUAAUAACAACGAGAUGGUGGAGCACUGUAGCAGAGGAGAAAACUGCCGCCGAAAAGCUAGCUAAAAAUGUUAUACCGGCACCUCAAGCUGGCAAGAUACAAGCAGCAGUUCUAAAAAAUUUCAAUGAACCUCUUCAAAUCGAGAACGUUGAAAUACCACAGAUACUCGAACCCAAAGAGGUAUUAGUUGAUGUCCACUACUGUGCCUUGAAUGGCUCUGAUAUGUUGUUGACUGAGAAUUCAUACAGAUUCGAGCCUAGGUUGCCACAAAUUCUUGGCUAUGAAAUUGUCGGAGAGCUGAUGGGUGUUGGAGAAGAAGCUGCAAAAAAUGGCUAUAAAAUUGGAGACAAAGUGAUUGCUCUUAAUAAAGAACGUUACGGUGGUUUUGCUGAGACGUGUACAGCUGAGUUUGGAGAUAUAUGGAGAGUUCCUAACAAUGUGAAAUUGAUAGACGCAGCAUGUCUGUUGGAUUCUUAUACCACCGCCCUAAUUGGCCUAGAACAAAGAGCUUGUCUCGAGAAUGAUGAAAUGGUUUUAGUGAACAUCGGACUUGGCGGGGUUGGAUUAGCAGCCGUGGACCUUGCUGUGCACGUUUUCAGAGCUCAGGUGAUUGGAGUUUCUGCAACAGAAAACAUAACAACACGAGUCAGAGAGAUGGGAGCGUUUUCAUCGCUUAAAUUUAAUGACAAAAAAUUGAUGAAGCAGAUCGUGAAUAUUGCUGCUGAGAAAGAUAUUAAAGAAAUUUUUGACGGGGUCACUGGUGAAAACUUCAAAAAACUUCUAUGCUGUUUUACCGAUGUCUACAAAUCUGGUCUGGCCAGAGAUUUACUGCGCGACGAAGAGUUUUCUGUAGUUGUGCAACACUUGUCUCGAGAAGGAAGAUUCAUCAUCGCUGGGUUAGCGGUACCCAAGUUUGGUCGAAGCGAUACCGCGCAGACGGAAUCUCUCAGUGUCUCGGGUGUCUCGCUUACCGAAUACAAAAAAAAGAACCAUGAACUGUAUCGUUCAGCGGCAGAUGAUAUAAUGGAAUAUUUCGAGCAAGGGGUGAUUGUCCCUACGUACUCACUCGUUGCUGGCCUCUACAAAAUUAGCAAUGCGAUGCAGUUUAUCUCCGAGAUGAAGGCUUUCGGCAAAGUUAUUAUAGAUUUGAAGAACAAAGAAGUCUUCAAGGAAACGGCGAAAUAAUAAAAACCAUGAAUUCUCCUUCCAGCCUUUCCCUCUUGUAUUGCUCAAUUCACCUCAAAGAAUUAAACGUAAUUGAACGGUACCUGCGGCCACUGUGAAAAAAAAAAAUAAAUAAA